AGAAAAACAGUUAAAAUGGACCGAGAAGUUGACAGCAGAAGAUCCGGCGACAAUAGCCAUUUAUAGUGAGAGGGUCCCGAUGGUCCACCGGUCAGCCACAAUUAGAUCGCUGCUGCCGUCGGCGUGUUCUUAAUUUCCUCCAAAUCCACCGUCAUCCAUUUCAACACUUCACAAAGCUCUUGAGGUGUCUUCCCAAUUCUUAGGAAGACGAUGAUGGAAUCCAGAGUGACCAGAACCAGAAAGAAGAAGGCCGAUCUUCUUCACUCAAUCCUAAGAAAAUCAUGGUACCAUUUACGUCUCUCUGUGCGCCAUCCCUCCAGAGUUCCUACUUGGGAUGCAAUUGUUCUCACCGCUGCUAGCCCUGACCAAGCUCAGCUUUACGAGUGGCAGCUCAAUCGGGCGAAGCGUAUUGGCCGAAUUGCUCACUCGACAAUUACCCUCGCCGUGGCUGACCCCAAUGGCCAGCGGGUUGGCUCUGGAGCCGCUACUCUCAAUGCUAUUCACGCCCUUGCUAAGCAUUAUCACAGCCUCGGCCUUGUUCCUAACCCUGAGGUGGAUACUAUAGGCAAUGGAUGUGCUGAGUCUGAUCUGCUGCCUAACUCGUCAAACAAUAACAAUGGAGUUCCUCUCUCACAGCUUGCUAGCUUCCUAUCGAAAAAACAUAUACUAUUGCUUCAUGCUGGUGGGGACUCCAAAAGAGUCCCAUGGGCUAAUCCCAUGGGGAAAGUGUUCUUGCCACUACCGUAUCUGGCAGCAGAUGACCCUGAUGGCCCGGUUCCUUUGCUUUUUGACCACAUUCUCGCCAUUGCUUCAUGUGCAAGACACGCGUUUAAAAAUGAAGGAGGAAUACUUACAAUGACUGGCGAUGUUCUACCUUGUUUUGAUGCAUCCACUUUGGUUCUUCCAGAGGACGCCUCUUGCAUAAUAACUGUUCCUAUCACCAUUGAUAUUGCUUCCAACCAUGGUGUUAUUGUGGCAUCUAAAAAUGAGACACCUGGCAGAGGUUACACUCUAAGUCUAGUUGAUAAUCUCUUGCAGAAACCUAGUGUUGACGAACUCACCAAGAAUGAUGCAGUUCUAACUGAUGGUAGAACCCUACUUGACACUGGAAUAAUAGCAGUUAGAGGUAAAGGAUGGGUCGAGCUAGUUUUGCUUGCAUGUUCAUGCCAACCUAUGAUUUCAGAUCUACUAAAGUGUGGAAAGGAGAUUAGCUUAUAUGAAGAUCUGGUAGCAGCUUGGGUACCUGCCAAACAUGAGUGGUUGCAGCCACGUCCUUUUGGUGAAGAAUUGAUUCGUAGGUUGGGAAGGCAGAAGAUGUUUAGCUAUUGUGCUUAUGACUUAUUGUUCUUACAUUUUGGUACCUCGAGUGAAGUUUUGGAUCACCUAAGUGGGGAUGAGUCGGAACUUAUUGGACGAAGACACUUGUGUUCUAUCCCGGCUACGACUUCAUCUGAUAUUGCAGCAUCUGUUGUUAUCCUUUCCAGUAAAAUUGGGCCUGAAGUAUCUGUUGGAGAAGACUCUCUCAUUUAUGAUUCUUCCAUUUCUGUUGGAGUACAGAUUGGUUCCCAAUGUAUAGUUGUUAGUGUUAACAUCUCAGAAACUAACAACCAGUUACCAGGAGGUGCUUUUAGGUUUAUGCUUCCAGAUCGCCAUUGUCUUUGGGAGGUUCCAUUAGUUGGUUAUACUGAAAGAGUCAUAGUAUAUUGUGGACUUCAUGAUAACCCAAAAAUUUCAGUCUCUAAGGGUGGGACAUUUUGUGGGAAGCCUUGGAAGAAGGUUUUGCAAGAUUUGAGUAUUGAAGAAAGGGAUCUGUGGCCUACAGCUCGAACUCAGGAGAAGUGCUUAUGGAAUGCAAGAAUAUUCCCGGUUCUUUCCUAUUUUGAGAUGCUUACUUUGGCUAUGUGGCUGAUGGGAUUGAGUGACAGAAAAAUGGAGCACUUGCUUCCGUUGUGGAAAAGUUCUCAUCGAGUUAGUUUGGAGGAAUUGCACAAGUCUAUCAAUUUUCUUAAAAUGUGUACCGGAUCAAGGAAUCACCAAGCAGAACUGGCUGCUGGAAUUGCUAAAGCUUGUAUCAACUUUGGCAUGCUUGGACGUAAUUUGUCCCAACUAUGUGAAGAAAUAAAGCAGAAAGAAGUUUUGGGAUUAGAAACUUGCAAGGAUUUUCUAGAUAUGUGCCCCGAACUUCACAACCAGAACAUUAACAUUGUUCCAAAGAGCCGAGUGUACCAGGUGCACGUUGAUCUCCUGAGAGCAUGCAGUGAGGAGACAGCAGCAUGUGAGUUGGAACGGGAAGUUUGGGCAGCUGUUGCUGAUGAAACUGCUUCAGCAGUAAGAUAUGGCUUUAAAGAUCUCUUGGACAAGCCUGACAAUGAUAAACUGGGACAUGGUAAUAGUCGUUCUGAUAAUGGAAUAGACGAAUUAAUCCACCAUAAAAGGGUAACUGUUAAUUUACCUGUACGUGUGGAUUUUGUUGGUGGUUGGAGUGACACUCCUCCAUGGAGCUUAGAGCGCCCUGGUUGCGUGUUGAACAUGGCAAUUAAUUUGGAAGGUUCUCUUCCUGUUGGGACCUGUAUAGAAACAACGAAAACUUCUGGAGUUUUGUUCAGUGAUGAUGCUGGUAAUGAGUUACAUAUUGAAGACCUUAACUCGAUUACCACUCCAUUUGAUAGUGAUGAUCCAUUUCGGCUUGUCAAAUCUGCGUUGCUUGUGACUGGCAUUAUUCACGAUCAUAUUCUAACUGUUGUUGGUUUGAAAAUCAAAACAUGGGCAAAUGUGCCUCGUGGUAGUGGUCUGGGAACUUCUAGCAUCUUAGCUGCUGCUGUGGUCAAGGGUCUUCUUCAGAUAACUGAGGGAGAUGAAAGCAAUGAAAAUGUUGCUAGACUUGUAUUGGUACUAGAGCAGCUUAUGGGGACUGGAGGUGGCUGGCAGGAUCAAAUUGGAGGUUUGUACCCGGGCAUCAAGUUUACCACAAGUUUUCCUGGAAUCCCACUACGUCUUCAAGUUAUCCCCUUGUUACCAUCACCUCAAUUGGUCUCGGAGUUGCAGAACCGUUUGCUUGUAGUAUUUACUGGUCAGGUUCGACUUGCACAUCAAGUCCUUCACAAGGUGGUGACACGAUAUCUGAGACGCGAUAACCUUCUCAUAUCCAGCAUAAAGCGCUUAGCCACUCUAGCAAAGAUCGGGAGAGAAUCACUCAUGAAUUGUGAUGUUGAUGAGUUGGGGGAGAUAAUGACCGAGACUUGGCGAUUGCAUCAGGAACUAGAUCCUUUCUGCAGCAAUGAGUUUGUCGAUAAGCUCUUUGCAUUUGCAGAUCCUUACUGUUGUGGCUACAAACUAGUGGGUGCUGGUGGCGGGGGCUUUGCUUUAUUACUGGUUAAAAGUUCAGUCUUAGCCAUGGAAUUGAGAAACAAGCUCGAAAAUGAUAAAAACUUCGAAGUAAAAGUCUACAAUUGGAACAUAUCUUUAUAGAGCUAGUUAUUGUAGAGGCAUCAUAAAGUUGCAUAUUCUAUUAUUGUUAAUUUAUUAUUCUUAUUUAUA